AUGAGCGCAUCUGCUGGAACCCCCAACGGCCCCCCUCACCCCCAUCCGCAUGGCCCUCCGCGGCCCCAAAAGGCGAAUCCGCUGCGUCCUCUUCGCAAGAAGCCAAACCCACUCGUCGCAUCGUCUCGCAAGCCGCCGCCCAAACCCAGUCAACCGCCUCUGAAUGGCGCGCCAUCAUCUUCAGCGCAGGGUGCCGCGAACGGAGCAAAGCUCAAUGCUGAAGAGAUACGGAGUCAGUACGGCGGAUGGAGCGAGCCGCCGCCCAAUUACCCUUAUAACGACAUCCCGAUCAUGACCACCAAAAAAGCCCUUCUCGAUGGAAUUCGCUAUCACCUCAUGAAGUUCUCUCAGACCAAGCUGGGUGAGAAGCCCAUUGAUCCGACAGACCAGGAGGAAUUUGCCCGACCCGUUACUCUGCAUCGGCGUGAUGCCCGCCAACCUCCCCCCGGAAGAGCCGUCAAGGUGGAGGAACCUGAACGCCCCCCGGUGGAUGAGCAAGAGGCGGAAAGACUGGCACAGGCAAAGGCGGAGAGGGAAGCCCAGAGAGCCAUCGACCAAGCCAAGAUUGCGCCUGUUGCCAAGGAAGUGGUCAGCAAGCGCCCGAAGAAGCAAAAGGAGGAGAAAACAAUGUUCAAUCGGGCCCCGAAAACGUCCGCGGCGAAGAAGGAGUCAGACCUGAGAUAUGAAGAGGCUCUGCCUUGGCAUCUGGAAGACGCGGAUGGGAAGAACGUCUGGGUAGGCAGUUAUGUGGCUGCUCUCUCCGAAUCUAGCGUUGCAUUCAUGAUCGAUGGAUCGGUUUUCCGCAUGAUUCCACUGGAGAAAUGCUACAAGUUCAACUCUAAGCCGCCGUUUCAACCGUUUACCAUAGAUCAGGCCGAGGCUUUCAUGAACCGCAAGGUUGAUGUCGGCCGUUGGGUCAUGAAGGACGAGGAGAAGAAGGCUAACCAGAACGAUCUUGAAGCAACGCGUCGGCUGCUGUACGGACGGGGUCAGAUGAUCAAAGCUGAAAGCGACACCUUCAAGGCGGCUUCGCGCGAGGAGAAGAUAGAGCACGACGAGCUCGACGUUUCUGGUGACGAAUUCCAGGAUGAUGAUGAAACUCCCCACUUUGAGCCACAGGAGGAUGAAGAUACCAAGGAAUCCAAGACCAGGAUCCGCCGCGAACAAUUGGGAGCGAACCUGUUUGGCGAAGCAGACGAGCAAGAAGUGGACAAGGAACUGCAAGAGCAGCUUAGGGAGGAGUUGGAGAGACAGAAGUAUGGUAAAACGACGAAAAAGGCUCUUAUCAAAAGAGAUCGAGAAGAGAUAUACGAGAGCGACGACUCGGAUUCCAACCCCUGGAGCAGCUCGGAAGCCGGCAAAGAAGAAGAGAAGAAAGACGGAGAGAACAAGGAUGCACAGGGUGACAAGGACAAGGGCAAGCUGCAGAGUGCCAAGGGGUCAACCACCCCGCAAGGCAAGCAGAAGCUCUCCGAGAUGGCCAAGAAGGGCAAAUCUCUCAAGCGCCCCGGCUCGCCUACCCUGUCCGAGUCGAGCGGCAACGAGUCGACGAGGAAGAAGCAGAAGAAGGUUACGGCAGCGGCUCUUGGCAGCCGCCCCGGCACUCCCGGGCUGUCGCAGACCACAGUUCGGCGUCCUAAGAUCACGGCGGGCUCUGGAAGUGACGGAGAAGCCACGGCAGGAGAGAUGUCGGAUGGGGCCAUGCAGAAGAAGAAGAUUAAGCUGGUUGGCAGCUCGAGAGGAACGCCUUCGGCAUCUAGGGCUGGCAGUCCUAAUCCCACCCCGGCUGGUGCUUCUUCUCCCUUAUCAGGUGGGCUGAUUGAGCCAUGGGAGAUUUUGGAGAAGAUCCCGGCGGAUGGAAUCACGAUUGGUGACCUCAUCAACUUAUUCCAGGGGCGUGUCGGAGACGGACCGGGUCGUAUGCCCAGACAAGAGUGGAUCGGGCUCGUUAAGCAGCUCUGCGAUUACGGCCCUGACAAGCGCCUGCGCCGUAGGAAGUGA